AUGACGACCGACCUGCUGGCCAUUUUAACUCUCCAGCUCCUUUGCCCCUCGAAAGGUCACAUCAUAGUUAUCCCCUUUGCUCAGGUUCCAAGCAUGUGCUCCGGUGGCAAUUCACGGCUAAUCAUCGCCAGACCGGGAGUACAUAGAGCGGCGUGCGAAGAGAUCUGCUGCCCGCCUAUUGGUCUUUGCGAACCGACGAACGCCAGCGCCGAUGCCACCACGACCAAUAAAUACCUACAUGACCAGACGUCACGUCUACACUCUAGUCACCUAUGCCUAGAAUCCGCCGCAUUCUUUCAUCGUCCCGUCCAUCGUCCGACUGUGUCUGGCCAUAAAGUGGCGCUCUGGCCAGCAGGCAAUAGCAGCAUGCAAUGCGGCCACAGAGGUGCAGCAGUCACGUCACCCUAUCUUGCUUCGUACGUGCAAUUUCAAGAUCACAUAUCCUUCACGUCUCCCGCCGUGUCGCACAACCGAACAACGCACUUCGGAUUCAAGGGCUUGAAUGUUGAAGGUUGGGUCGACUCGAUUUCCUUCCGAUGCAAAACUCGAUUCCCGAGCCGAGGUCAACAAGCGAGCGAGGACUGUUCUGAUCGGUUGAAGAAACGCAUCAGCUCAUUCGUUGCCGACGCAUAA